UUUUACGUGGCAAAAAGUUUGAGAACGAAGAAAGAAGAUACAAAAUGACGAAUGACGAUCCAUAAUCAAACCAAAUAACAAUGUCUUCUGAGCGUAAUGAACAAAUAUCGUCAUUUAACAUUAAUGGUUUUGAUGAAUGGCAGAGCAUCGACGACAGAAAUGGCUCUGAGAAAAGUUCUAGUAGUGACAGCCAAAAUUCAUCGAGCUGGUAUUUAGUUCAGGAGUCCUCGUCAAUUGUGGACAUUGGAGAUGCAGAAGAUCUUCAAUCAAAAACAGUUAUUGACGUAAAAAGCUCAGCUGACCAAGGUCUGCCACAGUCAGCCAUGUCAGAGAACGAGUUCAUUCAUCGAAUGAGAGAACACAUGGCUGAAGAAGUGGGAGGUUAUGUUUGGAAUGCUAGUAAACAGACUGCAAAAAGAGCAUUUGAUCUCUAUGCCAAUAUUGAUAUUUUGCGUCCAUACUUUCAUGUUGAACCUCAUGAAGUUAGAGAAAGACUGAUUGCCUCAAUGUUGCCAUCAUUACCUAAAAAAUCUUCUCCUGUUACAGUGAAUGGUGAACUUUAUGGACCAUUGAUGCUUGUGUUUACAUUGAUUGCCAUUCUUCUGUUUUCAAUGAAGUCUUCAGGACAUACUGUUCAAGAAGGAACAUUAAUUGGAACAGCCUUUGCUAUUUGCUUUGGAUACUGGAUUGGUGCUUCAUGUUUUUUUAAAAUUGUUGCCUACAUCUGUAAUACACAUCUUACAUUAUUGCAAACAAUUUCAUUGACGGGUUAUGCUUUGUUUGGUCCAUGUCUAUGUUUGUUUGUUACAACUUUUAUUCACCGUGAUACUCAUUCAAUUUUCUAUCUUUUUUGGUUGUUGCUUGGUGGUUUGCCAUCAGUGAGAAUGGUAAGCAUUUUUGUGAGCCGAACAUGGCAAAAGAAGCAAGGAUUGAUUGCUGGUUGUAUUGUUGCAGCAUUUCAUAUGUUUUUUCUGUUAUAUCUACUCUUUGCCUAUCGUCAAGCUCUGUUAGAACCAGAAGUGAUUAUUGGCUAUUCAACAAAUGGUAUCACAGACAACCCAAUAAUUAAAGAAAUAAACAUAUACAAUAGAGUUCUUAGAACUGGGAAUAUAAGUAGGAUUUAGAUUUGAAGGAUUGGAUUCAAGUUGUGGUAAGAAAAAAUAUAUGUGGAUAUAUAUGCAAGAUUGUAUUUUUUUCUUCAGUUAACUAUUAUGUGCUCAUUGUAUUUUGCCUGUUUGUGCAUUUUUUAUAUUUUGGACAACAGAGCAAUGUAGAAAAUUAUACAUUUCUCAUAAUAUGUGUGUGAUAGGUAAACUAUUGAUAAAAUAGUGUUGAUAGAAUAGACACAACUUGUGGUUUCUGUAUAUUAAAAUAUGAACCUUCUCUA